AUGUCUGCCAGCCAAGACCCCAUUCCGGCCAACGGUGGCAGCAUCGAGGAGAACCUCGAUCACCUCAAACUCGAUGACAAUGAGCCUCGCCUCGGUCCCGAUGGCGAGCCUGCCCCCAGAACCGACGAAGAAUACGCCCAGACUACCCUUACUCUGCGAGCUAUCGUGUCUUCCAAAGAAGCUGGGGUGAUCAUCGGCAAGGGCGGCCAGAAUGUUGCCAACCUCCGUGACGAAACUGGCGUGAAGGCUGGUGUUAGCAAGGUUGUCCAGGGUGUUCAUGACCGCGUCCUGACCAUUACCGGAGGCUGCGAUGCUGUCUCCAAAGCGUACGCUGUUGUCGCUCGCUCCCUUCUCGAAGGCGCCCCGUCUGUUGGCAUGGGUGGCGUCAUCUCUGCCAACGGCACUCAUCCCAUCAAGUUGCUCAUCUCCCACAACCAGAUGGGCACAGUCAUCGGCCGCCAAGGUCUGAAGAUCAAGCACAUCCAGGAUGUCUCGGGCGUUCGCAUGGUUGCGCAGAAGGAGAUGCUACCGCAAUCAACCGAACGCGUAGUUGAGGUGCAGGGUACUCCCGAGGGCAUUCAGCGCGCUGUCUGGGAGAUUUGCAAGUGCCUGGUCGAUGACUGGCAGCGGGGCACCGGCACCGUUUUGUACAACCCUGUUGUCCGCGGCGGUGGCCAACCUCUCGGCGGCGAUCGCAACUAUCCCCAGGAAAGGUCGUACGGUAGCUCUCGUGUCACACGGACUGGCAAUGGUGCCGAUUUCAGCAGCAACAGUGGUGGACGCCCUUACAACCGUCGUUCUGAUUCCGACGCCGCCUCUCGUGGCCCUCCUACCCAUGAUGAGAACGGAGAGGAAAUCCAGACCCAGAACAUCAGCAUCCCCGCUGAUAUGGUUGGCUGCAUCAUUGGACGUCAAGGCACCAAGAUUAGCGAAAUUCGCAAGGCCUCUGGUGCGCGCAUCUCGAUUGCCAAGGGCCCUCAUGACGAAUCUGGCGAGCGCAUGUUCACCAUUAUGGGCUCCGCCAAGGCCAACGAGACAGCUCUGUACCUCCUCUACGAGAACUUGGAGGCGGAGAAGACGCGCCGCUCUCACCAAGCUCUGGAGCCUUCCGAGUAG